AUGAAUGUUUUUAAUCCUCGCAUUCUUGAUGCCAGCAUCCGCGAUGUGACUGGAUGUCUAUCCGACACUCAAAAGGCUGAUGUUCUGCUCCACGCUUUUGCAGCAUCUGCCGUCCGAAGGGUCCGAAUUGUCAUGGAAAAUGCUAUUCAGUCGUUUCUUUCUCAAGUCUCGGGCGUUCCACCACCAGAUGUUGCAAGAGCUCUCCUGUUACGUGCCAAAACCCGUUUAGCAGCUGGGUACCGAACUUCUGCACAACAAGGUCAAAUUCGUGCAUGCCCUUAG